AUGGAAUCCAUAAAUGUUGUGAUUGAUGACUCUAAUAUGCAGCUCACAAAUGUGUAUGAUGGUUUGCAGGUUGAUGAAGAUGAUGGGCCUAAUCAUGAUUCAACUCAUACAAGAGAAUCAGUUAAUGCAGCUUUUAAUGAUGUUCAAGACACUUCAUCUCAAUCACUCCAAACUAGUGCAAAACAAGUUCAAAGGGAUCAAAAGUCCACUAAUAUCAAUGGUUCUUUAGAUGACAAGAUGAAGACUAGGCGACAAGUGGCCGAAAAGAUCAGUUUUGUGUGCUAUGUGUCUUUACUUGAACUCAAAAAUGUCAAUGAAGCAAUUGUGGAUGAUGAUUGGAUAACUGCCAUAAAUAAGACAGAUGAGAAAGAGAAUGUAGUCGGAAACAAAGCAAGGCUCGUUGCACAAGGCUACACACAAGUUGAAGGGCUUGAUUUUGAUGAAACAUUUGCUCUGGUGGCGCAUUUGGAAUCAAUGAGAUUACUGCUAGCUGUGGCCUAUCACCUUCAGUUCAAGUUGUAUCAAAUGGAUGUCAAGAGUGCAUUCCUUAAUGGCUUCCUCAAAGAGGAAGUAUAUGUUGAACAGCCUGCAGGCUUCAAAGAUCCUUUCCAUCCUAAUCACGUGUAUAGACUAAAAAAGGCUCUGUACUCAUUUGAGUCAAAUGUUGAAAUUGCAGGAUAUUCAGACGCAAAUUGGGCAGGUAACAUCGAUGAUCGGAAUAGCACAUCUGGUGGUUGUUUCUAUCUUGGCAACAAUCUGGUUGCUUGGUAUAGCAAGAAGCAGAAUUGUGUCUCUCUCUCCACAGCAGAAGCUAAGUACAUUGCCACUGGAAGUUGUUGCACACAAUCGAGGGGCUGCCAACAUAAGAAAACUAGUAGGAAAAGAAAAAUUGAUGAUCUUGGUUUUGAAGAUGCAAAGAGGCUGGCCAUUGGAUCACAAGUUGAUAUCGAUCAUCAGCCAGAUGAAGAAGAACAACUAAUUGAAUAUGUUGAUGACGAUGGGGAUCUGGUCGCAAGGAAAUUGUUGGCUCUUCAGAAUAAGGAGGAAAUUGUAGCACAACCACAAGCAGUAGCAAAUGUAGUUGCCUCCGCCUCCGCCUCCGCCUCCGCCUCCACCUUUAGACUACUUCAGGCUCGACAUGACCGCCUCUGA